AAAGUUUUAAAAUUUCAAAAUCGCGACCGUUACCUGAUUAAAAAUUAGCGCCCUUCAUCGAUUUAUCGGACUUAUCGCAUCAGCUGUUCUUGAACCAUCACUAAUGGGAUUUUCAAAAAUCUUUUGACAUAACAUAACACAACAAUAAAAAUGCAAAUAAUUAGGAAUUGCAGCAGCAAACUACUGAAACACAAGUACCUGUGCCAGCCGAAGGUGUACUCCCUGUACUACAGUACAUCCAAAGAUGCGGCCAAAGAGCUACCGCUGGCCCCGGGAUACCAGCCACGCCCCGUGGAGCAGGCCUAUUGGGAGCGGGAGCAGCGCCAGGCGAAUCUGCCCCAGCCUCCGGUCGGCGGUUGCAAGCGGGGCAGCUUCCGCAUGCUCCUCCCGCCGCCAAAUGUAACCGGGAGUCUCCACCUGGGCCACGCUCUCAUGGCCACCGUGCAGGACGUGCUGGCCCGCCAGCGUCAGCAGCUGGGCUACCAGGUGGACUGGGUGCCGGGCACAGAUCAUGCGGGCAUCGCCACCCAGGUGGUCGUCGAAAAAACCAUUGCCGCAUCGCAGGGUAAAACGCGCCAGGAACUGGGACGAGCGGCCUUCCUGGACGAAGUGUGGCGCUGGAAGGCGGAAAAGGGCGCCGGAAUUGUCCAGGAUCUGCGCCAACUGGGCUGCCGGCUCAACUGGCAGCGUGAGUACUUCACCAUGGACGAGCAGCAGGCGCAUGCGGUCAAUGUGGCCUUCGAGCGACUCUUCGACGAGGGUCUCAUCCGUCGGCGCAAUUCGCUGGUCAACUGGUCCACCGCCCUGCGCUCCGCCAUCUCGGACAUCGAGGUGGAUACGCUGGACAUCAAGGAGCCGCUGGAGAUUGCCGUUCCGGGCUACGAGCAGAAUGUUCUCUUUGGCAGAAUCUACGACUUCGCCUAUCGCGUGGUGGAUGGCGAAACACUGCCUGAUGGUUCGGCUGAGGAGAUUGUGGUGUCCACCACCAGACCAGAGACCAUCUUGGGCGACGUAGCAGUCGCUGUUCAUCCGCUCGAUCCGCGCUACACUAAGUAUCGAAAUUUGGAGGAGGUAAAGCUCAAGCAUCCCUUUCGGCACGACACCAUUCCACUGGUUUUCGACAUCGCCGUGGAUCAGGAAUUCGGCACCGGGGCGGUGAAGAUCACUCCUGCCCACGAUAAGUUCGAUUUCGAGCUGGCCCAUCGCCAUAAGCUGGAACCGCGCCAGGUGUUCAACGAAACGGGCCAUGUGGUGGGGGCUUAUCCGGAGUUUAAGGGCCAACCGCGUUUUGAGGCGCGAGAACUGAUUGUCAACCGGCUGGAGGACUUGGAACUUCUGCGCCAGGUGCGCGCCCACACCAUGCAGUUGCCCAUCUGUUCGCGCUCCAAGGAUGUCAUCGAGUACAUGAUCCUGCCGCAGUGGUACCUCAAGUGCAAGGAUUUGGCAAGGGAUGCUUUAUCAGAACUCCACAGUGGCCGCCUGCAAAUCCAGCCAGCGAGCUUCGAAACGGAGUGGGAGCGCUGGCUGCAGGACAGCCGUGACUGGUGCAUUUCCAGGCAGUUGUGGUGGGGCCACCAGGUGCCCGCCUACGAGGUGAUCGACUCCAAGGGCAACAGCCAAUGGUUGGCCGCUCUGGACGAAAAGGCAGCCAGGCAGAAAGCCAUACAGCUAAUUGGCAGCGAGGAAUUCACUUUGAAGCGCGAUCCCGAUGUGCUGGACACUUGGUUCUCCUCAGCGCUGCUGCCCUUUUCCACGGCCGGUUGGCCAGAGGAGAGCUACAAGGAGCGGUAUCCCCUGGACCUCAUGCAGACUGGCCACGAUAUACUCUUCUUUUGGGUGGCUCGCAUGAUGAUGAUGGGUCUGAAGCUGACCGGCGAGGCUCCCUUUCAGAGGGUUCUCCUCAAUGGCAUUGUGUGCGAUGCCCAGGGCCGGAAGAUGUCCAAGAGUCUCGGUAAUAUAGUAGCCCCACAGCAGGUGGUGCAGGGCGCCAGUUUGGAGAGCCUAAAAGCUGGCCUAGAGCAAUCCUGCGAGGCGGGCAUCAUCAAGCCCUCCGAAUUAAAGACAUCCACAGAUGGAAUGACCAAGAUGUUUCCCAACGGCAUCCAGGAGUGCGGCACCGAUGCGCUGCGCUUCACCCUGAUGAGCCACAACAUCAAGAGUCACUUCAUCAGCUUCGAUGUGAAUGCCUGCUACACCAACAAGCUGUUCUUGAACAAAAUCUGGCAGGCGAUGCGAUUUACUUUGGGCUCCGCCAAGACACUGGGCAUCUCGCUGGACCAGUUCGAAACCCUGGAAGGCGUCAGUCUGGGCGUGUGGGAUCGUUGGAUCAUCGGCCGCCUGGCGGAUACCUUGUCCAUUUGCUCGCAGAGCUACACUAGCUACAAUUUCCACUUGGCCACGGCGGCUUUGAAAACCUUUUUCUAUCAAAAUCUAUGUGAUAUUUACUUGGAGACCACCAAAACGGCCAUAGCUAAUCGCACUCCCAGUGCCUACAUCCAUGUGGGCACCCUGACCGCUUGUCUCAGCUGGGGCCUCCAGGCCAUGGCUCCAUUCACCCCCUUCGUGGCUUCCGAGUUGCUGCAGCAUGUGCCCCUCAAUAUCGAACUCAAAUUGUCCGACUACCAGGACGUCAAACUGGAGGAAGAGGUGAAUGAAAUAGUGAGCAUCUGCCAGAAUGUCCGGCAGGUGAAGAGUCGCAAUGAGAUCAGCAAGCGGCACCAGCCGCGUCUCAGCCUGUUUGCCCAGAAUUCCGACUCAGAGGGAGUGCUUCGUCGGCAUCUACCGCAGAUCCAGGUGCUGACCCGCUGCGAAGGCGUGGAACUGGAGCUUCUGGACGAGAGCUCAAAGAUUUCGAAGCAGCUCAGCUUCUUUUCAACGGCAGGAGCACUUUGCUCCUUUGGCUUGAAAGUGGGCAAUGGUUUGGCCUUGACGGAGGAGAAGCGCGACGAGAUGCAGCUGGUCAACAACAAGAAACUCAAGAAGCUGGUCAAUGAACUGCAGCGGUACCGCAUGCGUCUGGACAACGAAGCCUUCCAGCUGAUGGCCGACAAGGCCGUUAAAAUGCAUUUCGAAAAUAAGGUUAAGGAACUGGAGGCGGAGAUCAACAGUCUCACCCGGCUGGCAGCGUGA